AUGUCGGAUACCAUCAAGGAGAUCGUCGACAUCCCGCAGAACUUCUUCCGCGAAGGCACCCACUUUGUCAACCGAUGCACAAAGCCUAACCGCAAAGGUGCGUCUUUCCUCUCUCCUCCUGUCUUGCUCUCGGUAGUGCUAACUAGCAGAGCAGACAAGGCAUACGCACACCCGCGUUCAGGAGGGAUCCAUUCUGCGGUCUUGAAGGAUUUCUGUCCGACUAACUUUGGCCUCCCUUUCCCCUUCUUCUUGCGGCUUCGCAUGCUUGCAGAGUACAUCCAGAUCUGCCGCGCGGUCGGCAUGGGCUUCGUCGUCAUGGGAUUCAUCGGCUACUUUGUCAAGCUCAUCCACAUCCCAAUCCACUCGAUCCUCGUUGGUGGCGCCUAA